GUAUUGUUUACAUCCGGUGCAUCGGAACAGCAUCUGCGUUUGUUUAGGAAGCUGGACCUAGCUAAAUUUAUACAUCUGUUUUAUCUAAAGUUUUUUUUUUUUACAGAUCGGAAAGGUAUCUGGCUAAAUAACAUCAGAAAUGACUGAGGAUGUGCAAAAGCACUCUGUGCACACGCUCGUGUUCAGGUCCCUCAAGAGAACUCAUGAUAUGUUUGUGGCUGACCAUGCCAAACCAGUCUCUUUGGAUGAAACAAGUCACAAGGUGAAGAUGGCAGCGAAGCUCAGGGCAGACUACAGUGCCGUUCUACACAUGCCCAUUCUGAAAGAGGGCAAGGACAGACCACUGGGCUCCAACAUGCCUGCCAAUCAGAACUAUGCCCAACCUGGUGAUGAUCCAGAGUACUUGAUCACUGGGACACACGCAUACCCCUCAGGACCUGGGGUGGCUCUGACGGCGGACACUCAGAUACAUAGGAACCCCAGUGAGGGGGGAGUUCACACCAUGGCUCUUGCCCUGCCGCCAUCACAAGCCAGGCUGGACGCCAGUCGCACAGCGGCCGGUGUCGGGGACAUUCACAGAAACGCAGGGGGGGCCGAGAGGUCUCCUGCUCCUCACUCACACGCUAUGUCUCUUUUGGAAGGAGGCGGCACCAAGAACUCGUCCCUCGUUGCCAGAAAAGCCCCCACUAUGCCCAAGCCCCAGUGGCACGCUCCAUGGAAGCUGUUUCGGGUCAUCAGUGGUCAUCUUGGCUGGGUGAGGUCCAUUGCCGUAGAGCCCGGCAACCAGUGGUUUGUGACAGGCGCUGGCGACAGAACCAUUAAGAUCUGGGACCUAGCCAGUGGGAAGCUAAAGCUCUCCCUAACGGGACACAUCAGCACAGUGCGCGGCGUGGCCGUGAGCACCCGGAGCCCCUACCUGUUCUCCUGCGGCGAGGACAAGCAGGUCAAGUGCUGGGAUCUGGAGUACAACAAGGUUAUCAGGCACUACCACGGCCACCUCAGCGCCGUGUACGACUUGGACCUGCACCCAACCAUCGACGUGCUGGUCACAUGCAGCCGAGAUGCCACAGCCAGGGUGUGGGAUAUCAGGAGCAAAGCCAACGUGCACACCCUGUCCGGACACACCAACACAGUGGCCACAGUCAGAUGCCAGGCCGCCGAACCGCAGAUCAUCACAGGGAGCCACGACUCUACCAUCAGGCUAUGGGAUCUGAUAGCUGGGAAGACCAGAGCCACUCUCACCAAUCACAAGAAGUCUGUCAGAGCACUGGCCCUACAUCCCAGACAGUAUACCUUAGCCUCUGGCUCUGCCGACAACAUCAAGCAGUGGACGUUCCCAGACGGCAACUUCAUCCAGAACCUCUCUGGACACAACGCCAUCAUCAACGCAAUGGCGGUCAACUCAGACGGCGUGCUGGUAUCAGGAGCUGACAACGGCACCAUUCACCUGUGGGACUGGCGGACCGGCUACAACUUCCAGCGUAUCCACGCCGCCGUGCAGCCCGGCUCACUGGACAGCGAAUCGGGGAUCUUCGCCUGCAUGUUCGACCACUCGGAGAGCAGGCUGAUCACGGCCGAGGCCGACAAGACCAUCAAGGUGUACAAAGAGGACGACACGGCGACCGAGGAAAGCCACCCAAUCAACUGGAAACCGGAAAUCCUCAAGAGGAAAAGAUUCUAGUUUUGCAACAAACAAAAAAAUACAUUAAUUCAUUUCUGUUCAUUUCUGUCAAUAUUCCCAUCAAUAGAACUCCCAUCAUUUUUUAAAGAAGAAUAUUCGCACAAAAACAAGUUGGCUUUUAUUUUUGCUGUAAUUUUGGGGGUUUUCAAUGUAGUCCUUAUUCUAAGUACCAUUUUGCCAUCUUCAAUGUACAAUGUUAGUCCAACAAAGCAGCCAUUUUGGACAGCCAAUAACCUUCCCGAAUGUUUGUUCUUGAUGAUGAAUGCUCUCUCAUAUCUCUGGUCCCUCUCGUCCACCAUGAGAAGCCACUUCUCAGCUCCGUAAGAGCUUGCCUUAGUGUACACAUAGUCCCCACUCGGGUCAAAUCUAGUAAAUGUGUGGAAAAUUCAAAGAUUUUCACAUCAUUAGAAAGGUUGACUUAUUUCUUUAUUUCAGAAACACCAACUGUAUAUACAAGAGAAACGUAAUUUGUUGUGCAAUCUGGUGUAUGAAAUAAAUCACUAUGAUUAACAGAACCAUAAAAAUAAAAAACCUGUUGCAUCUCA